AUGACUAUCGACGCAGCCACCGGCAUAGCUCGAAUUUUGAAACAAGAAGGGGUGGAGUGGGUUUCCACAUUCCCAGUUUGCCGGGUAAACAACGCCCUCGGUCGGGAAGGUAUUCCUAUUCUCAUGAUGCGUGACGACCGCUAUGCAGUAGCCGUGGCCGACGCCUUUUCCCGCAUUACUGCCGGGCGCCAGAUAGGUGUUUGCACUUUCCAGGGGGGUGUAAAUGCCGCGGGUAUGCAGUAUGCGUAUGCUGGUAUGGCCCAGGCGUUCGAGGACGGUUCCCCGGUGCUGUGCAUCACCGAUGGCAUCCCUGCGGGGAGUUCCGAAAACACUCAGUUUGAUGUUUUCAGAAGUAUGACCACCGUUUCAAAGUGGUUUGGCUAUAUCGACCGGCCGGAACGGGUCCCAGAAUUCAUGCGGCGAGCCUUUACCCUCCUGAGGAGCGGCCGGCCGGGGCCCGUCAUCCUGGCUGUUCCAGACCCUACCGGCACUUACGAUGAAACGGCCGACCCCUACACUCCCGUGAAGGGUUGGAAGCACGGACCGGCGCGGGAGGAUGUGGGCAUGGCGAUAGACCUGCUCACUCAGGCCCAGAAGCCCCUCAUCUAUGCCGGAGAGGGCGUAAUUUAUGCCGGUGCUUCUGAAGAACUGGUUUCCCUGGCUGAGAUGGCUAACGCACCGGUGGUUACUACCCUGAAGGCAAAGGGCGCCUUCCCCGAGAAUCAUCCUCUGUUUGUCGGUGUCCGGGGUGGUCAGGUUACCAACUAUUUGAACGACAGUGACUUGAUCUUCGCGGUAGGCACAAGUCUUUCGCCCGGCAGGUUUAGUCACCGGAUUCCCAACGCUGUUGGAAAGACAAUCGUUCACUGCGACGUCGAUGAUCUCCACAUCAAUAAGGUUUACCCCACUGCCCAGGCCGUCAUUGGCGAUGCCCGUCAAUCCUUGCAAGCGUUGACCGAAGAACUGUCCACGCGCCCCGUCCAGUCCGUUAGAGCGCGGGAAGAUGUUGCACUCGAAGUCAGGAACGAGCGAGAUGCCCGGGAUGGCCCCGUACCGGGAAGCUAUGGCCUCAGACGACAAGCCCAUUAA